AUGGUUGAAACGUCCAGCAUCGACACUCUAUUGCAAAAUGGGUACUGGAGGGCCAAGAGUCCCGAUUCCAGGUUCUUCAACUCCCCGAUAGCCACAUCAUCCUAUUCGUACAACGACAGGAUCAUUCCCAGGACCUCGUCCAAACCUUUUCACUAUGGAACCAGGCCCCGAAUUCACCUCCCGCCGCCAAUGGUGGAGGACGAAGUCGAGUCUCUGGCGAAGGAGCAUGGGUCGGUCGUCUCGGUUUUAUCUGAAGAACAGCCACAGAACCGCGGGGAUAUCGAUCAGAAUCCCGUGAUUCUAGAGGUCCACGAGCAUAACCCCGAACGCCGCUUUGUUCUUGUGCACAAUUCGUCCGACUCCUCGGAUGAAUCAGCGGAUACGGGGAGGAAGGUUGAUAAGCAGAGCACCAAGAAGACCUCAACCGACAGGGAACCCAGUCUUGAACGGAGGUCGUCGUAUGAGGCCAACACGUGCCGCAAAUAUGUAAUACUAACACCCGAGGAGGAGGAGGAGAAGCGCAAGCGUGACCUCAAUGCUCGGGAGAAGCGACCAGGUCGAGAGCGGGAGAGACGACGGAGCAGGCUGGAAGAACUACCCACCAUUAUCACGAAUCUUGGUCCCGACGACCGACAGAACGAUAGACCACGAGAUAUCCAGCGGGCUGAAUCUGCCACCGGCACUAGGCAGUCCAAAGACGACUACUUCUCGCCUCGCCGCGGCACCAGAAACCUAGGCGACGAGUCGCUGCUAUCCCCAGACGUCAUCAAACACUCGACUAAAGGGCGCGACCGGGCGUAUUGGGAUUACAAUGGCGCGUCCAUGCCGGUUUCCCCGGGUCGAACCCGGGCAAGUCGAGAAGAACCACAGUACGAUCAUAGGAGUCUGCCAAAUCAGCGGAGAGCAGCUGAAAGGGAACAACAACAGCCUUCUACGAGUCCAGUAAUGACCAAGAGGCAUUCUGCUUAUGAAGUACCAGUACCCAGGAACACGCGACGAACUUCGAACGAAGGUUAUGAAAACGGACGCCCGUACGUCGAUAUGCCUUCGUCCAGGCGGGAUGGCAAGCCCUCAUCCCCGCCCUAUCCUCGCUUAGAGCGAGAAUCAAUGCGGCCACGCUCGUCGAGUUUCCGAAGCAAACGGGAUUCACCGCCCUAUGAUGACAAUCGAUACUCGAGUGGAGAAGAACCACAGCAACGAGGUGAUAUUCGUCGACGACGCAAGUCUGUUAUUCAUGAUAAACACAAUGGCUACCUGGCAACACCGACAGAAUCUAGGCCAGACGGAGGACGAAGAUCCAAGACGUCAUCUCCCCUCGAAUCGCCCAGAGUGUCACAAAGUGGCUUAUGGGAAAGAGACUUUGCACCAAGUCCACGCAGCGCUACAUUUCCACCCAACAAAGAGUCUAUGCGAUACCCAAACUCUGACGAGGAGACCCACGAGCGGCAUUUGUCUCGUGCAUCUACUGCCAGGUCGGCCAUUAACACUCCGGCUUCCAUGUCGUUUCCUGUCAUUACUGCGGCGGCGGCGGCGGCUUCUGUAGCUGCUGCCGCCGCUUCUACUGUCGCGACAGACGGUAAUAACACUGUUGAUUGUCGUCGGUCAAAUGUACCACCACCUCCCAAGGGGCGUCCAACCGCUAUUUCGCGGUCCGACUCACGGUCGCCGACGUCAACACACUCGUCAACGCCUCCAAUCGUGGAGUGGCAACCGUCGCGGUUCGAUCUUGUCGAGGCUGCGAGUCGCUUCGAGCAGCCCAUAACAUCUUACAGAAGGUAUUCCGAAGACGCCAACAAGGGGGAACUGCCGGAUCUUCCAGACUGUCCGAGAACCAGAGAAGAAGCCGGCCAUGUCGACUGGCUUACUCUGCCUCGCUGCAAUAACUUCAACAUAUGCCCAUCCUGUUACCAGUCUGCGUUCCAAAACACCAAGUUCAAACAUCACUUCGUGCCGGCACCAUUCCGACCGCGCGAGCGACCGCUCAAGUGCGAUUUCGGCACAUCGCAGUGGUAUCACAUAGCAUGGUUGUUGACACAUAAAUACAACCAACCCGACCUACGUUUGCUUCUGGGAAUUGCCAAUGUGAGUGCGGCGAACCAGCCUUGUACGGGUCCACGGGAAGCAUACCGCAUAUGGUACACAAUUCGGGACCCCGUGUCGCAGCGACCCGUUCGAAACUUCAAUAUCUGUCACCAUUGCGCCAAAACCAUUGAGGUAUUACUCCCAAACUUGUCAGGAGUCUUUGUGCCUCUAGACUCCCCGGCGGAAUCCACAAGGGGCAUUUGCGAUAUGCAUCAAGAGGGACACGGUGGAGGAGCACGGAAAAGAUUUGUCCGUUAUUUUGAUGACAUGGAGACUAUAUCAGAUAAUGCUCUGUCCACCAAUUCGGCGCCUGAUAUCACCGCCCUAGCUGAGAAGAUACGUGGCCGAUCCGCGAUUCGUGAAUGCUGGAACGCCCGUCCGGUGCGCGAUGGUCGUUGGUACAUGAUGAGGUCUCUGCCCGACGUCACUGUCUGCGAGGAAUGCUUUUUCGAGGUGGUGUACCCGCUGCUGCAACGUUGCGAUUCUGGCGUGCCCGGCAAUUUUUAUCACGAACCUCAACACCUGCCAAUAGCAGCUUGUCAAUUGUACUCGCAAAGGAUGCGCGACGUGUUUUAUAGAGCUUCAAGGCGGAACGAUUUACGAUACUUUGAGAGUAGGAUUCAAGAGCGGAGGGCCAAGGAGCAUGAAGUCUCCAUGCGGCUUUCCGGACUCGAUAGAGAGGUCUUAGGCGCAGAGUGGGUGGAUGAGGAGAUCGAACGAAUCCAAAAGGAGUGGCGCAAGUGGGAAUAG